CAUGUAAGUACCUCAUCAUCAAAGCUCUAUUGUAAACACUGAAUUUUCAUUACAAGUGUUGGCACAAUGGCCUCUAGCCAACAGGGUUGGACUCCGAAGCAGAACAAAAGAUUUGAGAAUGCCUUGGCCAUCUUUGACCAGGACACCCCUGAUAGGUGGCAGAAACUGGCUAGGGCCGUUGGAGGAAAAACGGUGGAGGAAGUGAAAAGGCAUUACGAGAAGCUCGUUGAAGAUGUCAAGAAGAUUGAGGAAGGUCAUGUGCCCCUCCCCAAUUACAGAAAUGUUGCAACUGUGGGAACUAGCACCAGGGGUUAUUCUUACAUGGAUGAAGAAAGGAUGAAGGCUCUGAGGCUGCAGUGAAGUACGAUUUACCAAUAAUAUGCUGUGGAUGGCUGGAUUAGUAACAUAUUAUGUUUCAUUUUCCUUCUUCCCACAUGUAUGUAAACCAUAGUUCCUUGUGUUUUGUGUUUCUCUUCCUACAUAUCCAAAGAUGAAAUUAUAUAUCCCAAAGAAGUGCCAACCCGUUAAUUAAUAGUAAAAAACAUUCUCGUUGAA